AUGCUGGAGCUACUGGAGCGACUCUUUGAGGUAAUCUACAGAACUUUCCUGCUUUCUGUCUCUUUUUGGCUCACGACGGCGGAUACAAUCAAACCCUUCGACCUCUGACAGCACGUCUGCUUAACACUCCACUCCGGGGAAACUAGUCAGUCUCUCUCUCUCUUUCUCUUCCUCAAUCCUUUCUUCUCCUUCCCUCUCCUCUUCUACUGCUUUGUGUACACAGCUCUUCAUUCUCUCCACCUGCCUGAGCGGCUGUGGCCUUGUCUGAAUCCUCUGAAUUCCCAGUCCACUGCAGUGUAUCCGCCUGGAAACACCACAGAUGCCAGCACUAAGGUAAGCCGCAACAAAACAAGCAAAGUGAUGGGAUGAAGAUGUCAGUUAUGGCAAAUAGAACUCUGUCACACUCCCGUAACAUCUCUGUCACUGAUUAUCAGACCGCAGAGUUGAACAGGCACACACACACACACACAAAACACGCAAACCAGCAAUGCUGCACUGAUGAACAGAAGCUUUAGAGGAGCUUUAACGACACUGAAGGAACUGAUGCUGAUUUUGAUACUGAAUGAGAAGUUUUGAUUUAAAAAGGGCACCAAUUCUGAUGCAAAGGCAUUAAUGUCUUUAAUUUUAUGCACUUUUCCCUUCUCUCAUCAAAACCUUGCGCCUGCAUCACCCUUAUUACUCAACUCCAGGCGGUCGAAGAUUCGUUUGUAUUUUGCUGGCAGCUGCUAAUGUAGCCUUGGGCUGCUGACCUCAAUCAGUGAUGAGGAGCAGGCAAAAAUGCACCAGACUCACGAAACUCACAUCAAGAAGGCAACUAAGCAUUAAUGAUCAAAGCAUAAAGAAGGCGAUGGGGCUUCUUAUUGCUUAUUUCCAGCCUUACAAGUUUUACAACAAAUUUGCAUUCGACCAUGUGGGGAUAUUAGUUCAUACUUUCAUACAAGAUAAAACCAGGAUCUGCCCAACUCACCACUGUCUCUAAAUAGAGGGUCCGUGUAAUUCCUGAUGGGUUACAAGAGUAAUCUACAUUCUACGUUUAUAUGUUGACAUACAGAGUUAUUUAAUUAAAACUAUUAAAAAUUGCAGAAACUGCCAAUUUUAAAAGACCAGACCAGACCGGAAAGGUGUCUUUGUCCACAGGGGUUGCCAAACACAUCACAACCCCAAACAUUCAUCACAGGAGCUUUAAUAUGAUCACAAUAACUUCUUAUUCUUAUAGGAGGCUGUGGAUCAGAGAGAAUGGACAGGGUUGGUUUGAGGUCGAGCAGAGGGUUGAAAGUGCUGUACCAGUGAACAUUUACCAUGUCUGGCAGUAGAGUAGUACAUCCAUCCUUGUAUGUGAGGGGACCAGAGUAGUAUAUCUGUCAGCCACUGUCUUAUACCCAUGUUAUCAUUUCAUUUAAUAACUUUAAAAAUAUUUAUCUAUACAGCAGCUUUGAAUGCUGCUUCACAACUAAACAGUGCAUGUAUAAAAAAUAAAGGGAAUAAAAUAACCAGGAAAAAAACAGUCCUUUGACAUUACACUAAGUCUUAAAAUGGACAUCAUAAACAUGAAUAAAAGCAAUGACUUAUGGACUUAUUCCUAAAGUGGGGUUUUAAGGUGAUUUUAAAGCAGACAGGUAGUUUAUAGCCCUCAUCUCUCCUGGCAGGUUCCCAGAGUCUGGGAGGCUUGACUCUAAAAUCCCUGCUUCUUGAUAGUUUCGGCUUCAGAACAACAAGAAGGGGCCAAUCUGAGGAUCUUAGGAUGGGAAAUAUGAGAAAAGAUGGUCUGAAAAAAAGCAUAGCGCCAGGUGAAAGAACAAAUAUAUUUUUACACAUUCUGUGAAUCUGCAUGGGACCUGAAUUUAGUAUAGAGAGUGUCCUGGUUUUUGAUCGUAGAACAAGUUGUAUCCUCAGGGUGGUUUUAUUCCAACUCCCCUCUUGCUUCUCAAGCUGCUCGAUCUGGAUUGUAACAUCCUUUCAGGUCAUGCAGACUCUACUCUGUGUUAUAAACCCCGAAUCAAAGGGCACCCCGAUAAGCAGUGCAACUGCAUGUUUACUUGUUGAUAUAUUUGUGUAAUAAAUGGCUGAAUGAAAUAUGAAGUGGGACUACUGAGGCUCGAUUGUCCAAAGCCAAUGUUUUUGUGCUACACCACUGUGAGGAGACAAAGUGGAGGGAGCUGGGAGAAAACAACAAGCUGAGGACCCAGCAUUGAUAUUUCAUAUCUAAUUUAUUUCAGUCCAGACAGGGGCUUAAGUGAAGGGAGGGUCUUAAGCACUUGGGUUGUUUUUCUUGAGUCCUUCGGGUGGGGAGGAAAGGAUCACGGGGUGAGGAGUCAAGGGGAGGACAAGGUGACUGAUGGAGCCCAGGCGUUAGGUCAGCGUCAGGCAGCUGAAUCAAACCCAAGCAAGAACCUCCUCACAACUAACUAUGAUCAAAUACAUCAUCCGGCUCUGUCAACACAUGUGUGCAGCUGGAAGCUAUAUCACUUCCACAUGUGCACAUGAGGCUGAGCUACACAGCAACACACACCAACGGGCUUAUCAACAUGCGGCUCAAAGCAGAGUACUGACAAAAGCAGCGUUACGGCGGAAUAAUGGAUGAAGGAAAUCAAUCUGUGAGCUUCAAAAGGUCAUCAUGUGCAAAGAAAUCAUAUCAUCUUAAAGAAGAGGAAUUCAACAAGAGGACAUUAAUUGGAAACGGGUGAACAUGAGUUAAGUUGUUUUAAAAUUCAAAACGUGUGUGCUUUGUACAUUAGCCAGAUAAUUAAUGUGCUGCAAUCAUGACUAGUCACUGUUGGGAUGAGAAUUAAUCUACACCAAUAGCUCCAUUUCAAAGAAAAAAUGUAACACAAAGUGCAUGACUCUUUUCAGUAUUCCUCUAACAUUCAUCCAGCGUAUUUCCAAUACAGAAUUCAAUUAUGCGGAACACCUGAACAAACAAUAUCUCACAGCCAAUUAUUCAGCGCCUUGGAAACCAUUGGCAAACAAAUUAGCAAUGUUAAUGUGAGAGUGUGUCUUGAUAUUUUUGGCUGCGUGUGCUUACAAAGGCAGCAGCUCAGCCCCCCCACAUUCACACAAACACAAGCUCUCUCGCUCUCUUUUUCUCUCUCUAGCUUUUUGGGCUAUUGUUGACUGAUGAAUUAAACAGAUUGGACUUGAUUUGAGAAUAAAAAAGGAAAUUUCACUUGUCAGUCUGCCCCCUCUUCCUCAAACGAGUCAUCUGUAGACUGUGUUCGCCAGUUUCUGCGUUCAUUAUUGUCAGAAGCUUCCAGAUCAUAAAAAAUGAUGUUUUUGACUACAGACAGCCGUAUUUCAGCUUCAGUUGGAGCUGAGCUAUUCUGGUUGACAUUUCAGCUUCCAGACAGAACAAUGAAAAGCUACCACGAGAUAUCUUGGCAAGGCUAUUGCCCUGUGUAUUGAUUGGGCAAAGGCCCAACAUCCCCUCACUAAAAAGAGAUUAAAAUAUCAGACUUGUCUAAGACAUUUAUGGAGUCUGUGACCUCAGCCAAUGCUAAAGUGGAGUACAUACAUCAUAGUCCAUCUCUGUGAGCUACACUGAGUCUUGAGUAGCUCUGACAGAGAGAGGAAAGAGGCCGAACAUUUGAUACAAAAGAGGGUUUAGCUGCAAAUCGUGGGUGUAAAUCAACUUGGUUCCUGUUUCAUUAAAAAUUCACACCACGUUGCUGCAUGUAAAUGUUUAACACUGUGCACUGUUGUCAGGGAUGAUUCUCUUGCACCUUCUUUUUUUGGUUAAAAUGGAUGAGAUAGAUUCUGUGGGAAAGGCAGGGAGACAAAAGCGUGAAAGAUGUGUGUAUCCAUUCACAGCUCCAGAGGACCUUCAUUACAGAGCAAGCAGGUCCUGUCAACGUCUUUUCAUUACAUGGUCCCAUAUAUCCACCCCCGGUGUCCAAACGGUCUGCUCUGUCGCCUGUCAAGAAAACGCACUCUCGGGGAAAGUCUUCCUAUCUCCCCGAUCCCCUUCGCCACGCCUGA